AUGAAACUCCUCCCAGUCUAUUUGGUGGCCACCCUGGCCCUCCUUGUCUCCGCCGACAACGAGUCAACUGGCUGCUACAGCAACCCCGGCAGUAUUGAAAAGGCCAAUUCAUACACAUAUCAGAGCCCGGGACAUUGUUCCAAAACAUGUCAGGAAAAAGGAGCACAAGUGGCAGCCCUGCAUAAGGGCGCAGAAUGCUGGUGUGGUGAUUCCGUGCCAGCCAAGAAGUACCUCGCCUCGGACGAUGAGUGCAAUACUGACUGUUUGGGGUGGCCUCUUGACAAAUGUGGUGGUGAACGCGCGUGGUCUGUCUUGAAACUCGCCGACGUAGUGGCACACGAAAGCUCCAACGCUAAUUCGACUUCAACUUCGACCACGGUUGCUCGCUCUAUUUCUGCCAAAACUUCGUCAUCGGGUGGCUCAAGUGCUACGCCAUCUGCGUCUACUGCAGAAUCGGGAUCAGCUUCGCAAAGUGCCAUAUCUAAUGCGGCCUCUAGUACUUCGACCUCGGGUGCGAAUCGUCGGCUCAAACUUCCAUUCUUCCUCUAA